AUGAGUCUGUACAAGGGAGUUCAAUUCAACAGAUCUUCCCCGGUUACCUUUUCUCAGCCCAAAAAUGAUGCGUCAAAUAAAACGCAGCUGAUGAGCAUGAAUCAGUUGGCAAAUUCAAUGAAUAAUGAAUACUCCGAUCAAGAGCUGGACGAAGAGGAGAAUGGGGGUGAUGAAACUCCUAAGCAUCGAUCAAUGGCCACACCUGCAUGGCUUAAUGAGUCUUCGAAGCCCGAUUCUAGCACGAUACCAGAUAUAGGCAAGUAUGGGAUUGGUGCCCAACUCAUGAUGAAAAUGGGUUAUCAGAAAGGCAAAGGUCUCGGUGUAAAUCAAGAAGGUAUAGUUAACCCUAUAGAAACAAAGUUAAGGCCCCAAGGUUUGGGUAUAGGAGGGAUGAAAGAGAAAACGCACGAAAAUGAUUACGAUAUGAGUAGUGAUGACGAGGAUGAUGUUAAGAAAAUUUCAAAGAUGAAAGAAAAUCAUCAAGCAUUUGAUUUGUUCUCUUUGAUUGAAGACUUAGAGCUCAAAGGAGUCGAUGUACCAUUGAAGUAUAAAGAAAUUUCCGAUUCAAGUUCACACCAACAUCUUGAAGUUCUACGAGAAAGUUUUGAAAAAUUGAAAUUAGUCAAUGAUAAGUGGGAUUCUUAUAUCAAACAAGAAAGAUAUCUCUCAUAUCAAAGAGAUGAUUUAAGCAGAUCACUUCAGUCACAAAGAUUGCAACUUGAGAAUGAAGAAUCUGUUUUGUCGAUAAUAAACGAAUUUCAAUCGAUUAUUGAGUCAAUGUCAUCUCCAGAAGAACUAGUACUGUUAACUGCAGAAUAUUUUGAAAAAUUGCUUCUGCCUCCAUUAUUAUCGUACAAUAAAUUACCUGAAUGUGCAAUCGGAUUGUUAUCAGAGACAGUCAAAAGUCUUUUGACUAGUUUGAAUAUCAAUGAUCCUAGUUCUAAUACCAAUGGAUUGAUUAUCUCUACUUUACUCAAUUGGUGUGCUAAGUAUAAAACUAUUGAUCCGGCGAGCUCAAUGCUGUCACUUACGCUUUGGGACUCGCUUAUUGCCUCCACUCUUUCUCUGCAAUUGGAAGAAUAUCUUCUCGGCGACGACUACUCUCAAUCAAAGCAUUAUAGAAUAAUUGACUAUCUCGACUUCUGGGCCGACUCGCCAAUAUUGAUUAACAGCUUAGUCACAGUUGGACUGUUAACAAAAGCACAAAUAAUCCCGUUUCUUUCAGAUCAAUUGAAAGCUUGGAACGUGAAUGAUCCACAAGAAUUCGGUCCAUCUCAGUAUAUGGUUGAAUAUAGUGAUGUACUUUUUUGGAAAUUGGAUAGCAAUACCUAUUACCAAUUAUUGGCUAAUUCUAAUACAAAAUUCCAGGAAUACUUCGAUUUAGAAAGCGAGAACUCAAUAUGGGACUAUGUCGACGGAAAAAUUACCUCCAGCAAGUUUAUCGACCCUCUUAUCGAGUUUCAGGAUAUCUGGUGCGUACUCUUCAGAUCACUAUUACCCAAGCCGGACGAGGAGAAACUUCAAGGUGGUACGGUUCAAGUAUUCCAAAAAUCAUGCUUUAAAUUUCUAACUCAAGAAGUCAGUGCUUCCAAAUAUUCGAGAAAGGCUUUAGAAAUGAUUUCCCAAUUACUUGGCUGUUUGGUAAAUUUGAGUGAUAAGGGUCAGUAUUUCAGCAGCGAACAGCUUGUUGUCUUCCUUCAAUUCUCCAUCUUCAAUCCAUGGAUUGAUCUAUGUCUUGAUUUCCUAAACUCGAUCGAUUUAAAUACAUUAUACUUUAAGCUGUGGCUUCAGUCAUGGAUACUGAUGCUACAACAGGUGGCCAGAUCCUUGACACAUGAAGCUACCGAUCUAAUAGACUGGUACGUGGACUUAUCAAUCAAUCUUGUGAAAGAAAAACUUGCUGGUGGGCAGGUCAAACCACCGAAAUUGCCUAUUAUCAAAAACGACCAUCUGCCUUCGAUUGACAGCAUAAUUCAGUUUAUUAGAAGUGCCCGGUUUGCGGAAGAACCAGGUGACAAAUCUCAGGGUCAAGCCGAAGGAAUCCCAUCGUACCAGCUCAUGACUACUUUCAAGGAUGUCGUCAUCAAAUAUUGUAUGAAAAAUCAAAUAUUGUUCACAUCCUCUGGUACAUACCAUCCCUCUCUUGGCUUACCCUUGUACAAAUUAGAGUUCGAUUCCGGAAAAAAAGCCAAAGCAUACAUCGAAGAAGAUGUUCUUUGGGUAAGUACCGCUCCCAACGGUAACUUUGGACCCAUUAAUCUACAUAACCUAGGAGAUCUAUCAGGAUCUUUAUAG